GACACGCAUGGUCAGUUGGCGUUCGUCGUGUUCUCGUCCACUCAAUCUAAAAGUCCCUACUAUGAUAUGAGUGAACGUCCUUCUAGCACACUGCAAACUUUCGACGGUCACAAUGCAUGCGCGGGUGUCUUAUGUUUUUUGUUAUACUGGAGGAUGACGUACGUUACACCUAUGCUAAAGUUAUAUAAAAUUAUGGUGUCGGCGGAACAUAUUUUCAUUCUGUAUACGAUUACCCCGGUACCCAAAAUCGUGAGGCUGCAAUAUUAUAGUUUCGAUCAGACCAGCUUGUAGUGAAAAAGCUAACAGCUUCUUACACAUUACUUUUUUUUUACUUUUGCGUCAAAGUUUUCAAUUUCAAACCAAACGAAACUGAAGGUAGGAUGACAAACCUGUCUGUAAGCGUGGAGCCGUAUACAUCUUUCUUCGACGAUGUCAGUGACGAUGCCGUCGUGACCACGGUCGAGAUGAUCGUCGGUGGCGGUGGCGGGUCGACGCGUUACAAGUCGAUCAACAACCUCCAAGGCCUUAUCCUGGGUACGAGCCUCGUCAUCCUUAUCAUCGUCACCAACCUGCUCAGCCUCUGUGCCUUCGCGGUCGAGAAGCGUCUUCGCACCUACAACAACUACUUCAUCAUCAACCUCGCCAUCUCUGACCUCGGCCUUGGGUUUAUCCAAAUCAUCGGUGUCAUCCACACGUUCACCGGUUACUUUCCAGGCAGCCCAGAAUUCUGCAAGGUUUACCUAGGUUUGCGGUAUUCAAUAUUUUCUGUCUCUGUCGUCGGCGUGGUCAUCAUCUGCAUCGAUCGACAUCGUGCGACCUACGACCCCAUCAACCACUAUAUGACAAAAAACAAGCGCAAAGCCGUCAUCCUCAACAUCCUUACCUGGGUCAUCUCCUUCGGGUUCUGGGUGUCCUACACCACCGUCUGGGACUUCAUCGUUGAUUCCAACUCCACGAAGAGCUGCCUCGCCUCGUUCUCAAGAUACCCCGUCGCCAACAUGUUCCAGACUGUCUUGACAUUUUGUCUCCCGCUCGCAGUCAUCUCCGUCCUCUAUCUCCGAAUCUACAUCAAAAUCAAGAAAACGGUCGGGGGCAAGAGUAUCAACAAGCAAUUCGGGAAACAUGGUGGAGGUGAGGUGUCGAACUCGACCAGUCUGUCGACUGUCUGCAGUGAUGUGUCAUCCAGUGGAACGAUGGAGAUGCAGGAAUCGAGCGCUCAAGUGAAAACCAACGGCGACACCUCCGGCAAAGGCGGAAAGGUGGAAGCCAAUAGUAACCGUCCUGCUACUGCCAACCGCGAAUCUACCAAUGAAAUGCAGAAGGCCACCCGUACCCUAUCCUACAUAGUUUUUUCCUUCGCCAUCGCCUGGAUACCUAAUUCCAUCAUCUAUUUCCUGUACGCCAUCGAUCCACAGCUCAUUGCUUACGAGAACCUGCCGAGAGAUGUGAAGCAGUUUUUUCGUCUGGGUUCAGUUCGCCAACAGCUUCUUUAAUCCUAUCUGUUAUUUGGUGUCGCAGCCGCUCUUUCGAAAGACGAUUGUCAACAUGUUGUGCCGCCCUCGUCGUUACUGCUAAACGUGAGGACCCCCCGGCUUAGAGCCCCAUCACUCCCCAAAUGCUAAUGUGAUACUUACAUGUACCCUUUUGUGUGGUUGAACGUUAUACACAUAUUUUUUGGACCAAAAAUGCAUUUUUAUGAUAAUGCCUAGGGUAGGUGUAGGGAAUUGGAGACCC